AUGGCAGCUGGAAAAGGAGGAAAAGGAGGAAAAGGAAUGGGUAAAGUUGGUGCUAAAAGACACUCAAGAAAAUCAAACAAAGCUUCAAUUGAAGGAAUUACUAAACCUGCAAUUAGAAGAUUGGCAAGAAGAGGUGGAGUUAAAAGAAUUUCAUCUUUUAUUAUGAUGAUUCAAGAUAAGUAUUAAAAAUCUUUCUUAGAAAAUGUUGUUAGAGAUGCUGUUACAUAUACUGAACAUGCUAGAAGAAAAACUGUUACUGCUAUGGACGUUGUAUAUGCCCUAAGAGGAUAAGGGAGAACUCCUUACGGAUUCGGGGGUUUUUUUUUUUUUCUUUGA